UGUUUACGACUUUGCAGAGUGGGAAUUAGGCAUAUUCAGUUCGGCGUUGAUUAGUUUUAAUUCACCGAACGAUUAAAAUUCGUUAAAACAAACGGUUUUUGAUCGAAUAUAUUAUUGAAAAUAUUCUAUUUCGGAUUGAAAUGUGAAAAAAUCGAAUUUUUUGCAAGUCACCAGAAUCUACGUAAAAGUGGGUUGGCUAACUUGAUCAAAAAAAAUAAACCUUUCAACUUUUCACGUCAGAUAACUUCACUGUAAAUUACAAAGUGUGAAAGUCAGUCAGUUAAAAAAAAAUUUCAUUUCUUUCCAAAAACAUUAGACGCCCAUUCAAAAUCCAUUUCGCGCCCUCACGUCUUUUAUGUUAUGAUAGCUCAAUUAUAACAACCGUAAUGGCCAACAUCGCUGCGCAAAGAAUCCAACGUGAGUUUAAAGAGGUUAUUAAAAGUGAAGAGGUUGCAAAAUGCGCCAUUAAAGUUGAACCGGUCAAUAAUAGUUACACUGAGUUGAAAGGUGAAAUUGCCGGACCACCAGAUACACCUUACGAGGGUGGUAAUUUUAUAUUGGAAAUAAAAAUACCUGAAACAUAUCCGUUUAAUCCACCGAAAGUUCGGUUCAUUACAAAAAUAUGGCACCCCAAUAUCAGUUCUGUAACGGGAGCGAUUUGUUUGGAUAUAUUAAAAGAUCAAUGGGCAGCUGCAAUGACGUUAAGAACAGUUUUAUUAUCAUUACAAGCACUACUUUCAGCGGCGGAACCAGAUGAUCCACAAGAUGCUGUUGUUGCGCGACAAUUUAAAGAGGAUUUGGAUAUGUUUCAAAGAACAGCUAGUCACUGGACGAACGUUUAUGCGGGGGGUCCACAAGAAAAUCCAGAAUUUGAUGAUAAAAUUAAACGGUUACAAGAUAUGGGUGUUGAUGAACAUCAAGCAAGAGUUGCACUGUCAUCCUACAAUUGGAACCUAGAACGAGCGACAGAACAGUUGUUUAGUUAGUAAAGGAUACUUUAUAUACUACAGACGAGGUUGCCAUUGCGCUGAUAUUUGUAAAGACAGAACGACGACAUUAGAAUUAUUCGAUUUAUUAAAACAAAUGAGAACAAGCGGACUCGGAAGUGUAUAUAAAGCUUUUUAUUACUUAGGAUUUUUUUUUCUUUUUUGAAAUAAAGGACUGUUUGUAUAACCUUGGACAUUUUUCAUUUUUUAAACAGGAUAAUCUACAAUUUCUGUUUCUUCCAGAUCUUUGCUGUAUUUUUAAUCUUUUUAAAGCAAUUGUUGGUAUUAAAGAUACAUUUCUUAUGAGAGUUUGUGAUAUUACUAAAAUAUAGAUUACUUGAAAGACA